GCUGUUUCAGUUUUCCACUUUAAACAAUGAAACCCUCUUCUGCUGCUUCCGUUAACUCGACUCUGUCUCUGUGUUACUUCAAGUCUGCAAAGUUCGUCGCUUUCUCAACUCUUUUUUAUGGUUGGUGCUUUGAAUAUAAUGUCAGAGACUGUUGUUGAGUUAUGCCUAGAGCUGUCCGAAGAUGAUCCCUUUUAUCAACAUAAAAAGAAGCUCUUGAGUUGCAAAGGUUUAGGCGUAAAGGAAACAGUGAGUCUUAGUGGAUCAUUGUCUCAACAGUUGCUGAAUGCUGCAUUGGAGAAGCUGCUUCACUUUGGAAGAAUAGCUAACCUCGACAAGGUGGAAGUUUACUUUGGUGAUGAUGCUUGCACUCCAGGAGGAGUUUACAGUGUUAGAAACGAAGUCUCAGCUCUCACCUGGAUCUUUUCCCUCAUCCCAGCUUCUUCUUGUAAACCGCAAACAUUGGAAGCAGCUCUACGAGAAGCUGUAAAAGUUAGAGUCAGUGAGGUUGUUGGAGCGGAAGGGGAGGAAGCUAGAGUUGGUGAUAGCCAUAGAUGCGAGAAGGAAAGCAGAUUAGUAGAAUGGGGUCAGAGAAAUGGAGUCAAAACCAAACUGCAGAUCACUCAGAUUGAGGGCUAUGGACGUGGAGCUAUAGCUACUGAAGACUUGAAAUUUGGAGAUGUUGCUUUAGAGAUACCAAUCUCAAGUCUCAUUUCUGAGGAGUAUGUAUACAGCUCUGAUAUGCUCCCAAUAUUGGAGAAGAUAGAUGGCAUGACAUCUGAGACAAUGAUGCUAUUGUGGACAAUGAGGGAGAAGCAUAACCAUGAGUCUAGAUUCAAACCAUACUUUGACUCUCUGCAGGAGAGUUUCUGUACCGGUUUGAGUUUUGGGGUUGAUGCAGUCAUGGUGCUUGAUGGUACACUGCUCUUAGAUGAGAUAAUGCAAUCUAAAGAGCUUUUGCGUGAGAGGUAUGAUGAACUGAUACCUCUUUUGUCGAACCACAAGAAUGUAUUUCCACCGGAGAUGUAUACAUGGGAGCAUUACUUAUGGGCUUGUGAGUUGUAUUACUCCAACAGCAUGCAAAUCAAGUUCCCUGAUGGGAAGCUGAGGACUUGUUUGAUUCCUGUCGCCGGUUUUCUCAAUCAUUCUAUACAACCACACAUAGUGAAGUAUGGGAAAGUAGAUGUGGAAACAAGUUCGUUGAAGUUCCCACUCUCAAGACCUUGCAACAAAGGGGAACAGUGUUAUCUUAGCUACGGAAACUACUCUAGCUCGCAUCUGUUAACAUUCUAUGGGUUUCUACCAAAAGGAGAUAACCUUUAUGAUAUCAUUCCCUUAGAUGUUGAUGUCAUUGAUGAUGAUGAUGAUGAUGAAGACAUGGAGAGUGAGUAUUCUUGGACAACUCACAUGUUACGUGGGACAUGGCUCUCGAGCAAUCACAACAUCUUCCACUAUGGCUUGCCUACUCCAUUGUUGAACUACUUGCGGAGAGCUCAUGGUCUUGUUCAUCAUACCGAAACAGAUUUAUGGGAGAACUUGGAAGUAGAGAUGGGAGUACUCGAGAAUCUCAAAUCAACAUUUGACGACAUGAUGCAGAACCUUGGCGACGCUGAUUCUGUGGAUGGAGAAAACGUGCAGUGGGAUGUUAAAUUGGCGAUGGAGUUCAAAGAGCGGCAGAGAAAGAUUGUCUCCUCCAUUCUUGAUUCUUGUUCUGCAGGUAUCGAGAUGGUUCAAAAGGCAAUAGCUAAACCACCGGUUUAAUCAAGUCAGGAUGAGAAAACCGGUAUUGGAAAGGAAAUGAGAAUCGGAUCUUGGAUUUGGUUUCAGUGACAUGUAUGUCCUUAAUUUUGAAUUAAACAGUCUUUUAAGUUAAAAUAUUGAAUCAAUUAAAACCAA